UUUAAUCAAAUUUUCACUCAAUUUAUUCUCUAUCGUUGAGUGCCUUGCAGAGUGUGGUAGUCACAUCGCCAAGAGAUACUUAGAGAGAGAAAGAAGAAAAAAACCUCCAAAAGGCAGCAGUGUUGUCCAAAUAAUAUUCUGAGCAGCAGCAUAACUUUACUAUUUGAUCAAAUGUGGACUAUUUUUUUUAAUGUAAAAUAAAUUAGUUCUUUCAGUUCUCUUUUGAGUGUGAUAGAAUUUUUACCAAUUUGACCCUGAAGAGAAGAAUUUAAAUUAAAAAAAAAGGAAAAAAAAAGUGUUGUGGGAAUGGCUCGAGAUUUGUGGGGUCUUCGUGAAAUUACCACCAACAAUCGUCCAAAACUCCUUCAAGCACUCCUUGCAGAAUUCCUGGGGAUCUUCAUGCUAAAUCUCUUUGGAUGCUUAGCAGCAACAUGCGGAAAUCCUGCCGUGAUCUCCCUCACCUUUGGCCUUGAGGUCUUUGUGAUAAUCUCGAUUCUAGGUCAUGUGAGUGGAGCUCACAUAAAUCCAGCUGUUACCCUGGCUUUCCUUAUAUGUGGUCAAAUGACCAUCCUUCGGGCUAUUCUUUAUGUGAUUGUUCAGUGUUUGGGUGCUGUGGCAGGAACAGCAGGACUGAAGGUAUUCCUCCCUGAGACGGAACACAGAGAGCUGUGCCAUUUGUACCUUCAUCCAGACAUCACAGUUACGCACGGUGUCUUCAUUGAGCUCCUCCUCACCUUCCUGCUUGUCCUCUGCAUCUUGGGAGUUAGUGAUGAAAAUAAAUCAGAUUCCAAGUUUUCAGCAGCCCUCACAAUUGGAUUAAUUGUGGUGCUGGGAAAUUUAUCUGCCAUCAACUUCACCGGUGCCAGCAUGAAUCCAGCCCGGUAUUUCGGGUCUGCCGUCAUAGCUGGGUCCUGGGAGAAUCACUGGGUGUACUGGGUGGGUCCUCUCUUGGGUGCCAUUGUGGCUACCACUGUAUACUGGGGUGUCUUCAGAGCUCCUCCUCCUCUGCACAAGGGAAGAUGAACGUAUGGAGGACACCAGCAAUUUAUGCC